AUGCUUAUUUCCAUCGAGGUGUUGCGCCGUACCAGGCAUAUACUUCCGCAUGUGGCACGACUUUGCCUUGUGUCGACUUUCCUCGAAGAUGGUAUCAGAAUGUGGUUUCAGUGGGACGAUCAAAGGCAGUUUAUGCAGGAGUCAUGGUCAUGUGGUUGGUUCCUAGCGUCGCUGUUCGUCAUCUACAACUUUUUCGGCCAAUUCUUGCCUGUGAUCAUGAUCAUGCUGCGGAAAAAGGUGACUAUUGCAUGUGCGGUACUUGGAUCGAUUGUACUUCUCCAAACAGUUGCUUAUCAUAUUUUGUGGGAUCUUAAAUUCCUUGCCAGGUGUGUUGAUUUGACGUACUAA